GUCACGUGACGCCCGGCCCGGAAGCGCUCGUGCCGGCGACCCCCGGGUGUCGGGGCCCAGCACCGCUGACUGGACCGAGCCCCAGCGUCCGCCGCCAUGGCCUGGACCAAGUACCAGCUGUUCCUGGCCGGGCUCAUGCUCGUUACCGGCUCCAUCAACACGCUCUCGGCAAAAUGGGCAGACAACUUCAUGGCCGAGGGCUGCGGAGGGAGCAAAGAGCACAGCUUCCAGCAUCCCUUCCUCCAGGCAGUGGGCAUGUUCCUGGGGGAAUUCUCCUGCCUGGCUGCCUUCUACCUCCUCCGGUGCAGAGCCGCCGGACAAUCAGACUCCAGCGUGGACCCCCAGCAGCCCUUCAACCCCCUUCUUUUCCUGCCCCCAGCGCUCUGUGACAUGACAGGGACCAGCCUCAUGUAUGUGGCUCUGAACAUGACCAGUGCCUCCAGCUUCCAGAUGCUGCGGGGUGCGGUGAUCAUAUUCACUGGCCUCUUCUCGGUGGCCUUCCUGGGCCGGAGGCUGGUGCUGAACCAGUGGCUGGGCAUCCUAGCCACCAUUGCAGGGCUGGUGGUCGUGGGCCUGGCUGACCUCCUGAGCAAGGAUGACCAUCAGCACAAGCUCAGCGAAGUGAUUACAGGGGACCUGUUGAUCAUCAUGGCCCAGAUCAUCGUCGCCAUCCAGAUGGUGCUAGAGGAGAAGUUCGUCUACAAACACAACGUACACCCGCUGCGAGCAGUUGGCACCGAGGGCCUCUUUGGCUUCGUGAUCCUCUCCCUGCUGCUGGUGCCCAUGUACUACAUCCCCGCCGGCUCCUUCAGCGGGAACCCUCGUGGGACGCUGGAGGAUGCGCUGGACGCCUUCUGCCAGGUGGGCCGGCAGCCGCUCAUUGCCGUGGCACUGAUGGGCAACAUCAGCAGCAUCGCCUUCUUCAACUUCGCAGGCAUCAGCGUCACCAAGGAGCUGAGCGCCACCACCCGCAUGGUGCUGGACAGCUUGCGCACUGUUGUCAUCUGGGCACUGAGUCUGGCACUGGGCUGGGAGGCCUUCCAUGCACUGCAGAUCCUUGGCUUCCUCAUACUCCUUAUGGGCACUGCCCUCUACAACGGGUUGCACCGCCCGCUGCUGGGCCGCCUGUCUAGGGGCCGGCCCCCAGCAGAGGAGAGCGAGCAGGAGAGACUGCUGGGUGGCACCCGGACUCCCAUCAACGAUACCAGCUGAGCUUCCCUAGAGGCUUCUACUGCCACCUGGGUGUUCCUUCACCCUGAGACUGAGGCCACACAGGCUGGUGGACCCCCGGUGCCCUGUCCCCAAGGCCUUGCCCUAUCCCCUCUCUACAGAACAACACCCAAUCCUCUUUUUCUCACCAUCACCUGCAGGGUGGUGUUACCCAGCCCCCACAGGCCUGAGUGCAGUGACAGACCCCAGCUCUGGGCCCCCUCCUACAGCACUAGAGCUAAAUCAUGAAGUUGAAUUGUAGGAAUUUACAACCCUAGUGUAUCUGAAUCAUAAACUAGACUACCAUAAUUAUCUAGUUUAUGAGUCAUAAGCUAGAUUUGAUUCUCCAAAGAAGAAAAGUCAGUGAGCAAAUUUAAACCAGAACUAAGCAUUAUGUUUUCUGUUUUUUGUUUUUUUUUUGUUUUUUUUUGUUUUUUUGAGACAGAGUUUUAAUCUGUCACUCAGGCUGUGGUACAAUCUUGGCUCACUACAACCUCUGCUUCCUGGGUUCAAGUGAUUCUCCUGCCUCAGCCUCCCAAGUAGAUGGGAUUACAGAAACCACUACACCUGGCUAAUUUUUGUAUUUUUAGUACAGAUGGGGUGUCACCAUGUUGGCCAGGCUGGUCUCGAACUCCUGACCUCAGGUGAUUGCCUGCCUCAGCCUCCCAAAGUGCUGGGAUUACAGGUGUGAGCCACCAUGCCCGGCCAGAACUAAGCAUUAUGUUUUCUAAAACGUCUAAGAUCCUCCCUAAACCUGUCUGGAGAUCUGAGUUUUAACCUAGACUCUCCCUCAAACUCACUAACUCCCAGCACAUUACCCAAUUGCUCUGGGCCUUGAUGUUACGCUCUGGGAAGUAGAUGUUGAUGCUGUGGCCUUAGUGCUUUCUGGCCCCAGCGUUCCCUGGGCCUGUGAUCUUGACCAACCUGAGAAAACAGUAAUAGCCCAUCCACUGGGAAUACCCCUCUACCCAUAGCCCCUCCUGUGCUGGGCUUUUUUGUUUGUUUGUUUUUUGUUUUUAAGUCUUGUUCUGUCACCCAGGCACAGCUUCCUGCAGCCUAAAACUCCUGGGCUCAAUCAGUCCUCCUGCCCCAGCCUCCCAAGUAGCUAAGACUAACAGAUGUGUACCACCAUGCCUCGUUUAUUCUUUUAUUUUUUUUGCAGAGAUGAGUCUCACUGUGUUGCCCAGGCUGAUCUCAAACUCCUGGCCUCAAGUGAUCCUCCCAUCUUGGCCUCCCAAAGUGUUGGGAUUAUAGGCCUGAGCCAUCACGCUUGUCCCUGUUUUCCUGUCCUCACUCUCACAGAGGCCUCCCCUGACUGGGAGAGAUUACAGGGGAAUUGCAGGCAGCCUGUGUUAAAUUGUUUUUAUGAACUCUACCUGCUACUUUAAAGACAAGGAAACUGAGGCCCAAAGUUCUAAGUUGUUUGGCAAAUGGGUCUCUUACCCUCAGCUCCUACAGGGACCUGGGGGGGCCUCAGUUCCAGCAGCCACGUGAUUCUGCAGCUGACUGUGAUCUAGAGCCCAUCUGGAUCUCAGCCCCACCCCUGGCAAACUGCCUGCCUAGAGAACCCGCAAGAUGACAAAUUCCCCAGGAUUCCACCAUUUAGACUAAUUCUGGCAUCCCGGGCAUUGUGUUAAGUAGCUUAACUUUCAUUCUUAGAACAGCCGUCAGAGGUGGGGACAGAUGAAGAACCUGUGCACCAGAGAAGGUUAAGUGACUUCCUUAUGGAGCCAGUAUUCCAACCUAGGUUUGCCUGACACCAGACCUGUGGCGCCACUUCUCAUGCUGGGCUCUGUGGGGUCUUUGGGGUGGAUCUCUUAGGGCUGGGCUGGAAGCCUCAUGUACUGUUGUCCUCUAGGUAACCGUACCCUGAAGAGAAGGGGUGGCAUCAGGAACCGCAGGGAACUGAGCAGCCUCUUUCCGGUGCUGCUCCUUGAAACAGUUGAGUGCAGCCUCAAGCCAUUUUCCUGGGCAACUCAGUCAUAAACAAAACACCAAAUGCAGAGCUGUUGACAAGUGAAGCCCUCAGGUUGUGUGGGAUUCCAGCAGGUUAUUACAGCUUGUGGGGGGAGGGAAGGUCCAUUCUACCAGCUUUGAAUCCCAGGGUUCCCUGAGCUGCUCUGACACACAGUGUCUAGCCCAGAAAGAUAGAAAUGGACAGUGAGGAUGAUGGAGAGAUUACAACUGCCUUGUGUAAAACCUGGGAUCUUAGGGUGUUAUUUUGGACUUUAUUUUUUAAGAAAAGGAAAAUUGGCAGUGGUAUUAGUCCAUUCUCACAUUGCUAUAAAGAAAUACCGGAGACUGGGUAAUUAUUAAUAAAGAAAAGAGGUUU